GUGCAGGGACCAGUUAUAGUAGAGGAUACCUGCUUGUGUUUCAAUGCCCUGGGUGGGCUUCCAGGACCGUACAUAAAAUGGUUCCUGGAAAAACUCAAACCAGAAGGCCUGUACAAGCUGCUGGCUGGAUUUGAAGACAAAUCUGCCUACGCUCUCUGUACCUUCGCAUUCAGUACUGGAAACCCAGAGGAGCCAGUGAAGCUGUUCAAAGGCCAGACUCAGGGGCUGAUAGUGGAGCCCAGAGGCCCUCGAGAUUUUGGCUGGGAUCCCUGCUUUCAGCCAGAUGGCUACAACCAGACCUACGCCGAACUGCCCAAGGCAGUGAAGAACUCCAUCUCCCACCGUUACAGAGCGCUGAGCGAGCUCUCUGCCUUCUUUCUCCAGAGCAACUCGACAGAGCUCCGCUCCGGUCCCAGCUAG